UUUCGCCCCUUCGCAUCCAAGAGAGGGUGGCAGAAGGAAUGCGUGGGUGACUCGGCGUGGAUUUAGGGCGUGCCCACCCUGCAGAUCGGCCUCCUAGAGUGUCCCGAGGGCCUGAGAGGCCGCAGGGACACGAAGGAAGAGAAGGAGGAACCCGAAGAGGGCUCGCCUAGCCGGCCACCCGCUCCGAACUUGCCCGGGAAACUAGUGCGGAGGGAGGGGCCGGGCCCUGGCCGCGGCGGGAGGAGGGGCGGCCGCAGCUGCAUCCAGCCCCGUUGGCUUCCUUCCCAGCUCUCCUUCGCCUCCUCCUCCUCUUCCUCCUGUAUGAGUCAGGCAUUUCCCGGGGAUUUGGAGCAGCCACGCGCGGCCCGGGCGCCCGGAGCUGUAGCAGCAGCAGCAGCAGCCGCCGUGCCGGGGCCGCCACCGCGGCGGGCACCCGCGUCCCGGGCGCGCACGGACCAUGGAGAGGGCAGCCCAGGGCACAGACGGCGGCGGGGGUAGCAACAGCAGCAGCCGCAGCAGCAGCCGUGCUACCUCGGCGGGCUCCUCGCCCUCCUGCUCUCUGGCGGGCCGGGGGGUCUCCAGCCGGUCUGCGGCGGCCGGGCUCGGCGGCGGGGGCAGCCGCAGCAGCCCGGGCUCUGUGGCCGCUAGCCCGUCCGGGGGAGGCGGCCGCAGGAGGGAGCCGGCGCUCGAGGGCGUGCUCAGCAAAUACACCAACCUCCUCCAGGGCUGGCAGAACAGGUACUUCGUACUGGAUUUCGAGGCUGGCAUCCUGCAGUAUUUUGUGAAUGAGCAAAGCAAACACCAGAAGCCUCGAGGAAUCCUGUCUUUAUCUGGAGCCAUAGUGUCCCUGAGCGAUGAAGCUCCCCACAUGCUGGUCGUGUACUCUGCUAAUGGAGAGAUGUUUAAACUGAGAGCUGCUGAUGCAAAAGAGAAACAAUUCUGGGUGACUCAGCUUCGAGCUUGUGCCAAAUACCACAUGGAAAUGAAUUCUAAGAGUGCUCCAAGCUCCCGAAGCCGAAGUCUCACUUUGCUCCCACAUGGAACACCCAAUUCUGCGUCUCCCUGUAGCCAGAGACACCUCAGUGUGGGGGCCCCCGGUGUUGUCACAAUCACGCAUCACAAGUCGCCUGCAGCCGCCCGAAGAGCCAAGAGUCAGUAUUCCGGCCAGCUUCACGAAGUCAGAGAGAUGAUGAACCAAGUGGAAGGGCAGCAGAAGAACCUUGUGCACGCCAUUGAGUCCCUGCCAGGGUCGGGCCCCCUCACCGCCUUGGACCAGGACCUGCUGCUCCUGAAAGCUACCUCUGCUGCCACCCUCAGCUGCCUUGGGGAGUGCCUCAACUUGUUACAGCAGAGCGUGCACCAGGCGGGCCAGCCCAGCCAGAAGCCGGGACCCUCGGAAAACAUCCUGGGAUGGCACGGGCCCAAGUCACAUUCCACAGAGCAGCUGAAAAAUGGGACACUUGGCUCUUUGCCAUCAGCCAGUGCCAACAUAACCUGGGCAAUUUUACCAAACUCCGCUGAAGAUGAACAAACCUCACAGCCAGAGCCAGAGCCAAACUCAGGCUCUGAACUGGUUUUGUCUGAAGAUGAAAAAAGUGACAGUGAAGAUAAGGAAGAGACGGAAUUGGGCGUCAUGGAGGAUCAGCGUAGUAUAAUUCUUCAUCUCAUUUCCCAACUCAAACUUGGAAUGGAUUUGACCAAGAGCCACAGCCUCUUCUUGAAAGAGCAGACAUUGCAUUUCUCCCAAUACUCAGUGGUGCUUCCCACCUUUAUCCUGGAGAAGCGAUCUUUGCUGGAGAUGUAUGCAGAUUUUAUGGCACACCCAGACCUACUGCUGGCCAUCACCGCUGGGGCCACACCAGAGGAGAGAGUCAUUUGCUUCGUGGAGUAUUAUCUCACAGCCUUUCACGAGGGCCGCAAGGGCGCUUUAGCCAAGAAGCCCUACAACCCCAUCAUAGGCGAGACAUUUCACUGCUCCUGGGAAGUUCCUAAGGACAGGGUCAAGCCCAAGAGGACUGCUCCCCGCUCUCCUGCCAGCUGUCACGAACACCCAGUGGCCGAUGACCCUUCCAAAAGCUACAAACUAAGGUUUGUGGCUGAGCAAGUGUCCCAUCACCCACCCAUCUCCUGCUUCUACUGUGAGUGCAAGGAGAAGAGACUGUGCGUCAACACUCAUGUAUGGACCAAAAGCAAGUUCAUGGGCAUGUCCGUGGGGGUCUCUAUGAUAGGGGAAGGUGUGUUGAGGCUCCUGGAACACGAGGAGGAGUACGUAUUCACCCUGCCUAGUGCCUACGCCCGGUCCAUUCUCACCAUCCCAUGGGUGGAGCUCGGAGGAAAAGUCAGCAUCAACUGUGCCAAGACUGGGUACUCAGCGACAGUGAUAUUCCACACGAAGCCUUUCUAUGGAGGGAAAGUCCACAGGGUUACCGCAGAAGUGAAGCACAACCCAACCAACACCAUUGUUUGUAAAGCCCAUGGGGAAUGGAAUGGUACUUUAGAGUUCACCUACAACAAUGGAGAAACCAAAGUCAUCGACACAACCACACUGCCAGUGUAUCCCAAGAAGAUCAGACCUCUCGAGAAGCAGGGACCCAUGGAGUCCAGGAACCUCUGGCGGGAGGUGACCCGAUACCUACGGCUGGGGGACAUUGACGCAGCCACCGAGCAGAAGCGGCACCUGGAGGAGAAGCAGCGGGUGGAGGAACGGAAGCGCGAGAACCUCCGCACACCAUGGAAGCCCAAAUAUUUUAUCCAGGAGGGCGAUGGCUGGGUAUACUUCAGUCCUCUCUGGAAGGCACACUGAUGGGGUGGAGGUGCAGAGCUUUCCAAUAUAGCCCUGUUUUUGUAGGAAUAUUAAAGUAGUAGAGUAUCAGGGUUUUGUUGGCAUUCACUGAGACCUUGUAUUAACAUCCAAGAAAUGAUGAGAGAGGGAAAUUAUAUACUAUGAAAAGUGCACCCCCACACUCUGCUAGAGGAAUGAAUUUAUUCAAGAGCCAUUUGGGCACGUGUGUGUACACACCGUAUACGUUCACACACAUGCACUAUGUAAACAUCUGAGUAUGAUUACACAUUUAAAUACUGCACUCACCAAGGUUAAAGUGGGUAAUCAUAAGCUCCUUUUUAUCAAUGAAGUUUAAAGUUUUCUAUUUUUCACUUUGCCAAAAAUGUUUUACACUCACAAAGAUACUCUCACUUAGUCAACUCCUGUCAAAAUGAAGGUGAACUGGCAUGGCCCGAUCACUGUCCAUAAGGGAGAAAGUGGCUCAUUCCUGGUAGAAGUAUGGGUGGCUAUCAUUUCAAAAUUAUUGUGAUUCUCACCUCCCUCCCCACCUCAGUGUUUUGUCUGUCCGCGCCCAAGAAAGAUAAGCAACUAUUUCCUGCUGGAUGGGGGUUGGCAGGAAGCUGUUAAAGAUUUAUGCCAGAGCCUUGCAGGAUGGAGCACCUUUGGGACAACUAAGAGCCAAGGCCCACCAAGGAGUUUUCCACCCAUCUCUCAUGGUCACAGCGCUAGUCAUACAUUUUUGAGAAGUUGCUUCUUUUACAUCAGAAAACCAGUCAAUCAUAUGGAGACUUCUUUUGUGAUGAAAAAGGGCUUUAGAAGUUAAAUACACGCAUGCACCUGAAAACAUGCACAACCACAGCCUCAAUCUUGUAUUUAGUUUGGGGAAAAAGAGAAUUUCCUGUGGAUUAUUUUUUCCUCAAGUGCACCUCUCUGGUUAACCCAAACUCUGCAAGAAAGCACUGUGACUAAAACAUACAUAGCGCCUGCAUAAAUAUUCCAUGGUUUCAGUUAAAUUUCAGUCUUUAGCCUUUACACAUGAGGUCAAAGGAGUGACCAAAAUACAAAGCAAGGAAAAAAUGAAAUACCCGGUUUUUGCUGAAUGCUUAAUUUAUUUUUUACUGUGCCACUCCAAUAUUUAUAAAAUCCAAAUAGCAUGAAUGCUUCUCUGUAGUAAUACUAAUUUUGUGCCUUUUGUCUGCUUUCUUAAGACCAGUUGUUCACACUUUGUAGAUAUUAGACAAAUAUAUUUCGAUUGAAUACA